CUGGCCGUGGCGGCGGCGGCGGCGGCGCCCCCUUCCUUCCCGCAGCCCCUCGGGCUCGGCUGAGGCCCCUCCGCGGUGCCGGGCGGAGGAUGGUGCGGGGCGCCCCGGGGGCUGCCAGCCGCCACAGCCGUAGCUCCCCGGCACAGCCCGCAGCCUCGGGCAGCCGCCCCUGCUGCACCGGGCUCCGUCUGAGGGGCCGAGGCUGAGGUUGGGCGGGCAGCGCGGGCGCCUAGGGUAGAGGGGACCGGGGCCGGGGCCCCGAGCGGAGACGCCCGAGGCUAUGGGGGCCCUGACCAGCAGGCAGCACGCGGGCGUGGAGGAGGUGGACAUCCCGUCCAAUUCCGUGUACCGCUACCCGCCCAAGUCCGGAAGCUAUUUUGCUAGCCACUUCAUCAUGGGAGGAGAAAAGUUCGACUCAACUCACCCUGAAGGAUAUCUGUUUGGAGAGAACAGUGAUUUGAACUUCCUGGGAAACAGGCCAGUAGCGUUUCCUUAUGCAGCCCCACCUCCCCAAGAACCUGUGAAGACACUGAGAAGCCUAAUCAACAUCCGCAAAGAUACUCUAAGGCUAGUAAAGUGCACCGAGGAAGUAAAAACCCCUGGAGAAGAGGUCAGCAAAGCCAAAGUCUACUACAAUGUAGAGUUCACUUUUGAUACCGAUGCCCGGGUGGCAAUCACCAUCUAUUAUCAGGCCACUGAAGAGUUCCAGAAUGGCAUAGCCAGCUACAUCCCGAAAGACAACAGCCUUCAGUCAGAGACAGUACACUACAAGCGAGGAGUGUGUCAGCAGUUCUGCCUGCCCUCCCAUACUGUUGACCCAUCUGAGUGGGCUGAAGAGGAGCUGGGUUUUGACCUGGACCGAGAAGUCUACCCAAUGGUUGUCCAUGCGGUAGUGGAUGAAGGCGAUGAGCAUUUUGGACACUGCCAUGUACUUCUCGCUACGUUUGAAAAGCACACAGAUGGCACUUUCUGCGUAAAGCCCCUGAAACAGAAACAGGUGGUGGAUGGGGUCAGUUACCUCCUUCAAGAAAUCUAUGGGAUUGAAAACAAAUACAACACACAGGAUUCUAAGGUGGCUGAGGAUGAAGUAAAUGAUAACAGUGCUGAGUGUGUGGUAUGUCUCUCGGAUGUCCGGGAUACCUUGAUUUUACCCUGCCGCCACCUCUGCCUCUGUAACACCUGUGCAGACACUCUUCGCUACCAAGCCAACAACUGCCCCAUCUGCCGAUUACCAUUUCGGGCUCUGCUUCAGAUCCGGGCCAUGAGGAAGAAAUUGGGCCCCUUGUCCCCAACCAACUUUAACCCCAUCAUCUCCUCCCAAACAUCUGACUCUGAAGAACACUCGUCCUCAGAGAACAUUCCCUUGGGUUAUGAAGUGGUAUCUCUGCUGGAGGCCCUAAAUGGGCCCCUCACUCCAUCCCCAGCUGCUCCCCCACUUCACGUGCUUGGAGACACCCACCUGUCAGGGAUGUUGCCUUCCUAUGGCAGUGACGGGCAUCUGCCACCGGUCAGAACCGUCUCCCCUCUCGAUCGCCUCUCGGACAGCAGCAGCCAAGAACUCAAGCUCAAGAACAGUCUCUCCAAGUCUAUCUCCCAGAAUUCAUCCAUGUUGCACAAAGAAGAUGAUGAGCAGUCCUGCAGCGGGUCUGAAAUGCACCUCUCCCACAGGCAGUCUCCUCAUCAGCUUGAAGAGGAAUGCGGCGCAACUCCAGAGAGUGAGAACCUCACUUUAUCUUCAUCAGGAGCCAUUGGUCAGUCGUCUUGCACAGGGACCCCACUCUCUUCCACUAUUUCUUCCCCAGAAGACCCCGUCAGCAGCAGCCUGGCACAAUCGGUCAUGUCUAUAGCCUCUUCUCAAAGCCAGAACUCCCAGAUCAGCACUGACACAGUCUCCUCAAUGUCUGGUUCCUAUAUUGCCCCUGGCACCGAAGAAGAGGGAGACGCUCUCCCUUCCCCACUGGCCGCCAGUGGAGCCCCAUCAGAAGAAGGCGAGUUGAUGCCUGUUGAGUCCCCAGAUACUGACUUUGUUGGUGUCACAGCAGAAGAGCAGGAUGCAGAGGGGAACGAUGUGUUGGAAGAAGAGGAUGGAUCACCUACACAGGAAGAUGGCCAGAGGACUUGCGCAUUCCUAGGUAUGGAGUGUGACAAUAACAAUGACAUUGACAUCGCAGUCGUGAAAACACUCGACAAUAAGCUGUGCUCUGAGGUCCGCUUACCCGGCACCUGGCAUGUGGACAACAAUGCUAUCGGUUGCAGGAACAGCCAGUGCUGGCACUCUUCAUCAAGCAGCCUGGAGGACCCUGAGAAUGAGCCUUGUGGAAGGGCUGUCUGAAGAGCCCUAGCCCCUGUCACAGGGCCCUUUUUCCAUCCUCACAUUCCAAUGUGUCCCCCACUGGACUGCCGACCUCCUGGCUAUUCCCACUAAGACCUGUGCUGACUUUUUAUAUUUGUGUGUAAAACAGGAUGUCAAGGUCAUUCUACACCUUGCCCAGCCUCUCCUACUCCCUGGAUCUCCACUUGGAACAGACUGGAAGUCCCUCUACCUGGAGCUAAAGUCAGUUUGAUGAACUGUGAUUCAUCAUGGCCUUUUCACAGACUUCUGCCCCAUCUCCUCUCUUAGGUAGAACAGAGUCUGUGGGCUGGCUGCCUGGUCUCCUUUUUUCUCCUUAGGUUUACAGCAGGAAGGCUCAGAAAAUUGGCUGCUUCACUUUCCUUUACCCAUGUUACAUUAUCUGACCUCCAGCACAAUUAAACCAUGUUGGCAACUCUC